UGAAAAGACGAUUUUGGUUGCACAAAAAAGAACCCCAUAGAACCUCUCCACUCUCACGCGCGUCUAUGGAACUGUUGGCAUCGUUUAAUCGCUUGUCGCGUUUUGGAUACUUUAUGAAUGAUUUGCGUCGUGCGCGCAAGGCAAAACACAGAAUCGAUGCUCUUGUCUUGUUGGGCUCCGAUUGGGUGAGUGGUGGAAAUGUGUCAGGCAUAUGCUCGCCAUGGGCGGGAGUAGACGUGUUUAUAAAGCUCCGUGGGGCGGCGACGGUGUGUUAAAAAGCGAACGAGAGCGCACGACAGAGAAAGCCUCGGUACACCCGAUGUUAGGUAGGGGAGGCGGGUCGCCCUCUGCCGCUCCGUCUCCUCACCUGUAUGGAUGACCACUACAACCUCAUCGACUCGCCCUCAGCCUGCCACAGAGGGACAAACGCCGACAACCACGGCUACGCGGAGACGGAGAAGGACAUCAUGACAGUUGUGGCGUGCGAUAACAUGCUGGAGGAAACCGUGGCGCUGCCCAGUCACUUGUCGGUGGAUCGAUACGAGCCGGACCACGAGUGCUGCGAACGUGUGGUCAUCAACAUCUCGGGACUGCGCUUCGAGACCCAGCUGAAAACUUUCAAUCAGUUCCCGGACACGCUGCUCGGAGACCCGAAGAAAAGGAUGCGCUACUUUGACCCGCUCAGAAACGAGUAUUUUUUUGACAGGAACCGACCCAGCUUCGAUGCCAUCCUCUACUACUAUCAAUCCGGGGGGCGCAUUCGGAGACCCGUCAACGUUCCCAUUGACAUCUUCUCGGAGGAAAUUCGCUUUUAUCAACUUGGCGAGGAAGCCAUGGAGAAAUUCCGGGAGGAUGAGGGCUUUAUCAAAGAAGAGGAGCGACCGCUGCCAGACCAUGAGUUUCAAAGACAGGUUUGGCUUUUGUUUGAGUACCCAGAGAGCUCUGGUCCUGCCAGAGGCAUUGCUAUUGUGUCUGUUUUGGUCAUUUUGAUUUCCAUUGUUAUUUUCUGCUUGGAGACCCUGCCUGAGUUUAGGGACGACAAGGACCCGACCCCUGUCUCGCCUAUUGCGAAUGCCACUGGCCCUUUCGUGUCCAGCACUUUCACAGACCCUUUCUUUGUGAUCGAGACCCUUUGCAUCAUCUGGUUCUCUUUCGAACUGCUCGUGCGAUUCUUCGCGUGCCCCAGCAAGGCUACUUUUUCCAAAAACAUUAUGAAUAUCAUUGAUAUCGUGGCUAUUAUUCCUUACUUCAUCACUCUGGGGACGGAGCUGGCCGAGAGGCAGGGCAACGGCCAGCAAGCUAUGUCUCUGGCCAUCCUCCGCGUGAUCCGUCUGGUGAGGGUCUUUCGGAUCUUCAAGCUCUCGCGCCACUCCAAAGGGCUCCAGAUUCUCGGCCAGACCCUCAAAGCCAGUAUGCGGGAGCUGGGACUCCUCAUCUUCUUUCUCUUUAUCGGGGUCAUCUUGUUUUCCAGCGCAGUCUACUUCGCCGAGGCCGACGACCCUACCUCCAGUUUCAGCAGCAUCCCUGAUGCUUUCUGGUGGGCUGUGGUUACCAUGACUACAGUCGGCUACGGAGACAUGCAUCCAGUAACCAUCGGAGGCAAAAUCGUGGGAUCUCUGUGCGCCAUCGCUGGCGUGUUGACCAUUGCGCUGCCCGUACCGGUCAUCGUGUCCAAUUUCAAUUACUUUUAUCACCGGGAGACUGAUGGGGAGGAGCACGCGCAAUACCUCCACGUUGGCAGCUGUCAGCAUCUCAACUCCACAGAAGAGCUGAAACGGACUCAGAGCACGUCCUCCCUCAGUAAAUCGGAAUAUAUGGUCAUAGAGGAAGGCAUAAAUAGCGCUUUCAAACAGCCAAACUACUCCAACCAGAACAAUCAAAACUGCGUGAAUAUUAAAAAGAUUUUCACAGACGUCUAAAUCAUGUUCAGUGCCAGACAGUCUUACAGUAAUCACAAUGAUAUCACCAGUGUGAAUGCGAGGUGCUGCGUUAUUAGGGUACAACGGGGCUAAAAAAAAAUAAAAAAAAAUAGUUUGUUCGCAAAGUAUAUGGCAGUUGAAAAAUAUUUAUUUUUACUGAAUAUAGAUGGGGAUAUAUAAUUUGUAUAAAGUUAAUGCUACAGGUAGUUUCUUUUGAUUAAAUAAAUUAUAUAAAGGCAGCUAGCGGGAAGAAUUUGUUACCGUAUGCAAAUACUUUUGAGCACGAUAUUUUUAGAAAUGGUGUAGCUAUUUUAAGUUUAUUAACGCUUUUGGCAUUUCAUGGAGCUGCAGUGUAAUUGCAGUCGGAUUUCAUAUUGUAACUAUAGGAGAUAAUAAUACACUUUGCACAUGUAACAAAAUUAUUCCCUCCCAAUUACAAAGUUACAAAAUUAGUUACACUACAGGUAAUCUGCAUUUAUCAUCCUUUUUUAACUAUUCAUUAGGUACUGAAAACUUAAAGUCUUGAGAUGUAUAAAAUAAUUGUAAUGAUUUCUAUUAGAUAGGCCUACAUUAAUCUGAAAUAAAUAAAUAAGUAUUUUGUUACUGCACACCUUCGUCGUUAAAUGAUGAAUCAGGACACUUGGAGACAAACAAGUGUUUAGGAAAGUACUGUGGUAGUUUUUUGUUGCUAUUUAGUGUUUUAGGAGUAUGAAAAUCACAAGGGCCUUUUUAGAUCCGUUGUACCCUACAUUUUAUGGACAAGCCAGCAUAUUACACUAAAGUAAAGCAGGGCGCUUUUUUUUUUUUUUUUUUUUUGUAGAAAGGUGCCAAACUCCGAUUCAUGUGUUGCGUUUGUCAACAACACAAAGGCUAAGGAUCAGGUCAGGGACUAAAAAGAAGAAGCAUCCAUACUGCAAAUAUUGUGCUCGUAAGUCUGCGUUUGUUAUCAGUGUUAACAUAUAAUCAUCAUAAUACGUUAGUAUUCGCAAUAUCUUACGUUUUGUGGCAAAGUGAAACAACCGAAUAUGUGUCGCUGUUAAUGUGAGCAAACUGAAGAUAAUGCUGUGUUGAUCAUAUGUAUUUUGUUGAAUAUAUGGGUGAUUCAUCAAUUAGGGAAACUAGUUAAUUUAACUAAUAGAUAUUAAUAUGUCUCCUUAAUUUCUUUUUCCUAAUUUAAAGAGUGCUGAAACAGUAAAUUUGUCAGAAUUGCUUCCUACCCAGACUUUUUAACUUUUCUACUCACUUAAUUUAUAAAAUACAUUCAAAUCGGGAUUUUUUUUUUUAAGUAUUUUUUUAUUU